AGUCUAAACCCGUAAACCCAGAGACAAAUUAAUAUUCCCCAAGCAAAUUGCAAGUGCUCUCUCUCUCUCCUCAGAACCAGAAAAUAACCCUAGCUCGCUCAAACUAUUCAUCAGCUACUCCUCAAGGGCCCAUUCUCAUCUCAGUCGCUGCGUGCUUACGGUCUCUGUCUCCUCAUUUCCUCGCUUCUUCGACUUCUCCUUCUCUCGCGCUCAGCACUCCAACUUCUCACUCAGAGGAAAACUUAGGGACAUACAAAAUGUCGCGGAAAGGCUUAAUGGAGCAAGACCUGAGUAAACUGGAUGUAACUACGUUACAUCCGCUCUCUCCAGAAGUGAUAUCCCGUCAGGCCACAAUUAACAUAGGCACUAUUGGUCAUGUGGCACAUGGCAAGUCCACUGUUGUGAAAGCAAUCUCUGGUGUCCAGACUGUACGUUUCAAAAAUGAGUUGGAACGUAAUAUUACGAUUAAGCUUGGGUAUGCAAAUGCAAAAAUAUACAAAUGUGAGGAUGACCGAUGCCCUAGGCCUAUGUGCUACAAGGCCUAUGGAAGUGGUAAGGAAGACAAUCCCUCGUGUGAUGUUCCUGGUUUUGAGAGUGCUAGGAUGAAAUUGCUCCGACAUGUCUCCUUCGUAGAUUGUCCGGGCCAUGAUAUUCUCAUGGCAACAAUGCUUAAUGGUGCAGCUAUCAUGGAUGGAGCAUUGCUUCUGAUAGCUGCAAAUGAAAGCUGCCCUCAACCACAAACCUCUGAGCAUCUUGCUGCUGUUGAAAUCAUGCGUCUGAAGCAUAUUAUUAUUCUCCAGAAUAAAGUUGAUCUUGUCCAGGAAAAUGUAGCUAUCAACCAGCAUGAAUCUAUUCAGAAAUUUAUUCAGGGAACUGUUGCAGAGGGCGCUCCAGUUGUGCCAAUCUCAGCACAGUUGAAGUAUAACAUUGAUGUGGUCUGCGAGUACAUUAUAAAGAAGAUCCCUGUUCCAAAGAGGGACUUCACAUUACCACCCAAUAUGAUCGUUAUCCGAUCCUUUGAUGUCAACAAGCCUGGUUUCGAGGUUGAUGAGAUCAAAGGUGGAGUUGCUGGUGGAAGUAUUCUCACAGGGGUUUUGAAGGUGAACCAAUAUAUUGAGGUCCGUCCGGGAAUCGUGCUUAAGGAUGAGAAUGGCAACAUGAAAUGCACGCCCAUCUAUACUCGGAUAGUCAGUUUGUUCGCUGAGCAGAAUGAAUUACAGUUUGCUGUACCUGGAGGUCUCAUAGGUGUUGGUACAACGAUGGACCCCACUUUGACACGUGCUGACAGGCUGGUGGGACAGGUCCUUGGAGAUAUUGGUUCCCUCCCUGAUGUUUUUGUGGAGCUUGAGGUGAAUUUCUUCCUUCUGAGGAGACUGAUUGGAGUGAGGACUAAGGGAUCAGAGAAGCAAGGAAAGGUAUCCAAGCUGGCGAAGGCCGAGAUUCUUAUGCUGAACAUUGGGUCAAUGUCGACUGGAGCUCGGGUGCUUGCUGUGAAGAAUGAUCUUGCGAAGCUGCAGCUGACAUCACCGGUGUGUACCAGCAAGGGAGAGAAGAUAGCCCUGAGUCGAAGAGUGGAGAAGCACUGGCGCUUGAUUGGAUGGGGCAUGAUUCAGGCUGGAGCGACGCUGGAGGUUCCCCCCAGCCCACUUUGAGUGAGUGAGAAGGAAAGAAAGAGUAAGUUAGAGACCGAGGGAGACAGGCAGAGAAAGCGUUUAAGAAACAGAAACCAAGGUUUUUUUUGCAGAAGAUGUGGAGGGGAAGAGAAUUGCUUGGAACAAUUUUCGUUAGGUGGAGGAGAAAACAUGUUGAUUGAUCUUGUUUGGUAUCUCAUUUUUUGCAUAUCACUCACAGUUUUGUGCACAUGCCAAUUCAAGUAUUCAACCAAUGCUUUACGCCCAGGCCCAGGUUAUGUUCUUGCAUUGCUUCUUUACGGAUAACAGUAGCUUCUGGAAUGUUGACACCA